AUGUUAUCCAACACAUCACCACCACCCUCCCCCACCACCUCCCCCAAGCGCGUCCGCUUCAACCCCAUCGUCUACGAAAUCGAACCCGUCCACUUCAUCAUCGUCAACAACCCUUUCGAAGACGAGAACUCCUCCGAAUCCGAAGACGAAGAACCGCACUUCUCCGCCACCUCCCACUAUGAGACCAUCACCUCGUCAUCCUCCAGCCACCUCCAGGACGACCAUUUCUCAGACGAACUCCUCCCCUCGCUCGUCUACUCCCACGACGCCCCCAGCGCCGCCAAUCUGCAGCACAGUAUCCAGAACGCGUAUGAUGAGCUGAUGGAUAUCACGGCCGAGCUUUUUCCCAGCAGCGCGAGGUCGAAGGGGUUGGGCGAAAGAUGCAAUGUCUUUCCGAGUGAGAUUUGGAGGCGGCCUGCGUGGAGGGAUGGCGCGGUUACGGCGAGGGGCAUGAGGGCGGAGGAUGACGUGGAGGAUUUGGAUUGA